UGCCGAGAGAGGGCGGGGCCGCGUCAGCGACGUUCCAAAAGGAGGGUUCCUAUUGCUCGGGGUUCUCGAGGCAAGGCAUGGUGGUGGUCGAGCCGACAAUGACGGUCUCGGCGGCUGGAGCGGAGCCCAAGCAGAUGGGACGGGUUUUUUCGAUGGAAGGACAGUCAGAUUCUCAGUCACACAUUGGGCAGGCCGGCCAUGCCAGUCUACCCAAUAGAGGGGAGUUGCUGGAUUUGCUCCUGUCGGAUGAAGCUGCUUCCUCACAUUCUGACCAGGGCUUUUAUGACUCGCUUCAGAUCCUUAAAGAAAAAAACAGACAGUAUUUGCUAGAGUUAGGUCUUAUGUACCAGCUAAAACUGGAGAACAUCCUCAAACCAUCCAAGGAAGACAAGGAACUGGAAGACUUUUUCCAGGACAAUGGAAGACUGAUGUUGCCAACAAAGUACAGUGAAGCUUUAAGGUCCGGGAACAUAAGAAGGGUCAGCUCUUUGACUGACCUCACAUUAAAUAACUCAGAAGAUCUGUGCAAUCAUUAUUCACCUUCGCUAUCUUUUUCCAAAUCAAAGAGUGCCUCAGCUGCUUGGAUGUCUUCUAUCACGAUUCCUCAGCCCUUCAAAAUGACAUUGCGAGAAGCUCGCAAAAAGUCUCUGUUGUUAAAAUCGCACGUGUUCCUUGAACUUGAGACAACUGAACAGAAAAGACAAAGCCAAGAAGAAGUGGAAUGCCAGAAACAGUUCAGGGCCCAACCUGUCCCUGCGCAUGUCUAUUUGCCCCUCUACCAGGAAAUCAUGGAAAAGAAUGAAAUCCGUAGACAGGUGGAGAUGCAGAAAAGAAGGGAACUGCUUUUUUCUAUGCAAAAACCCUUCAGCUUUGAAGAAAAAGAAAAAAAGAGAAAGGAGGCCAUCCGGCAAAAGGUUCUGGACAUCAUUGGUUCUACUAACAAAACAGCACCAAAAAUCAAGAAGAGGAUCCCCAAGUCCACUUUUGAACCAGUGUUUGGGGAUAAACUCAAAGAAACUGAACUUCUAAGAAAAAUCCGUAUUCAGAUGAGAUCUAAGGAUUUACUGGAAACCUCCUGGGCGCCUAUUGAGUUGGACAAUAGACAAAGAAAGAAAGGAUCCCAAACUGCCACCAAAAACAGGGAACAAAAGCUUAGCUUUCUACAGGAGAACUUCAGUUUUAAACCAAGAAUUAACAAAUCAGUGCCUGACUUUGAAGGACUUUACUGGGCUUUCCAACGAGAUGCACAAAGCAAACGAGAAAUGAAAGAAGCAACUCAUAAUAAACCAUUCCAGUUGAGAACAUCUAAUCUCCGUUGCAAACAUCAGGAGAUGAUGGAAGUACACCAGCCUUCCAAGGCACCGCUGCAAAGAAGCCGUUCUUUGACUUGUCUUUCCUCCCUUUCCUCCAAUACACUUCCAGUCUAUAUAACGGAUGCAGCAAGAAAGAGGAAAUCUGCUAUUAAAUUCCUCCAAGAGGAUAAAAAAUACAAGGAGAAUGAAGGAGCUCGCUGGGCUGAGCUGCAGAGGAAGAAAUGUCAAGCUAUGCAUAAGACUGUGAAUUCCCGAGCAAAAGCCAUGGAUCCCCAUAAAAGCUUGGAGGAGACGUACAAAGAAAAGCUGAAACAGAACUGGCAGAAUGACCAAAAAAGACUGAAAGAGUAUCAAAAAGAACUAGAUGAAAUGAAGAUGCGAGUGAAAAACCGACCAUAUUUAUUUGAACAGGUCACAAAGCAUGGUGCUCGGCAGGGAGCUCAGAGGCUCUUCCAAGAAACCUUGCAGCAAUUUGGGUUGGAUGAAGAAUUUGUAAGAAACAAAGGAAGAGAAGCCACUGGCUCAGUAAGGAAAGAGAAGUCUGCAACAAAAAGAAUCCAGAAGUCCCAGAGGGAUACAGAAGUUGAUAUCAUAAAGGAACUGUCUCAAGAAGGACAGAGAAGAUUGGAAUUAGAGUAGGAAUCUGUUGAGACAUUCCAUGUAUCUCUAGCUUAUUCUCUAAUCAAAUAUAAUCAAUCAGAUUUAGGCAAUAUUUACAGUAGGAAAAAAUGGAGCCAGCAUAAUGUUAUUGUCAAGGACAGAACGCCACAAGAUUCAAGAUAACAGAGUUUAUUGGAUUACAGAACUCAAAAAUGCCCGUAAAAUACAAGGGCCAGGCAGUAUUAGCCUUUAGGAGCAAAAAGGGACAAGGAAAAACGUUCAAAAGAUAAACCGGAUUAAACCGGGGUUUAAUCCGGGUAAAAACAAACUGCUUGCUUCAGCCUGGGGAUAAACAAAACAAAAGCCGAGGAACAAAAGAUACAAAAGAAUGCAACUAAUUGGCAGCAGAUUCCUCUCUGCUGCCAACACUGUGCUUAGAGUAACUUGCGUCGCUCCCACACACACAGCAGACAGGAUUUCCAGCACGAACAGAUCAGCCAAGGAUUGUAGCAGUAGAGUAGACCCAGUUCCUUUCCGUAGAUCAAAGCCAGAAGCAGACGUUUGUAGUUUCCAAGUCCAAGAAGGGGGAAGUCAAGCCGUGGUCAGUUCAGUCCGAAUUUCAAAGCAGGAGAUGGCGUCCGUCAAGAAGACGACGGAAGGUCAAGCUAAUAAGAGUAAGCACAGGUUUGCACAAACAAAUGCCCACACAAUUCCUCCCGCCGUCUGACCCUGAAUUCCAAAACAACUUACGUAUCAGCACACGAAAACACACCAGUCUUCAGGAAAGCGUCCCACACAGAUCCCAAGCGUUCGUCCAGAUUACCUUGCCCAACGCAAUUUGCAAUUGCUCCCAAGCCCCAUUUUAUGCCAGUUACAAAUCCUCAUCACUGUCAGCUGUCCUCCUUAACCCGGGCGUUUCCUCAUCACUUUCCUCAUCAGAGCUGGAACACCUCUGACUACGCCCCACAGCAUCUCCAGCUGUGGAUCCCGUCCCAUCCCUCCAGCUAGACCAUGGGUCUAAUCCUGAAGGUCCCCAUUCAUCUUCUAUCCCAUCAUGGCCAGUGGCACCCAAUUCCUCCCUCACCCGAGUCCAAUCCAUCUCAUCCUCCUCCGAGCUAACCAGCCCCUCCUCCAUUCUCUCCGUAAACCCCUCAAAAGACUCUUCGUCAGAUGGUGCUGCAAAAAUGUCUCGCAGUCUUUUUCUUUCUCGCUCCUCGAGAGUAUCUGACUCUCGAGGAGUCUUACGCCCACGUCUGUCAGUAACAGAGCCAUGAGGCUCAAUCAUAACAGUUAUUUAUGCGUGAUCAUGCUAAGUACCUAAUUGGAUCUGUUGCACUUUAGAUAAUUUUGCACUCCUACUGUGCUGACACAAUCCCUAGAGUCCCUCCCUUUGCUUGCUGAAUUGCCCACUAUACCCAUAUUAUUGAAAGUAUUAAUUUCUAUGGUAACUUAAAGGUCACAAUACCCUGCUUCGGGACAGAAUAGAGAUGAGUUACUACAACAAGGGAAGUGCUUCUUAAGUUAUUUCAUAUGGGGGAACUAGUGAUUUUUUUUUUCUUCCGGUGUGCCAGGGACAGAUACCAUAUGUGCAUCCAUUGACUACAAUUAUUUCUUUCUCGCCUGAAAUCUCUUCAAGGAGUGGCAGCUUAUGGUUCCUGGACCAACACUGGUUCAUGGACCACCACUUUAAGUAGCAGUCAGAGAAUUUACUCUCAAUUUUUCUACUCCCAGCCUCCUACGAGGCUAAUAAAAAGGCAUUUGCUGUGGCAACUGAGACGAUUGCAUUACUGUUUCAAGUUAACUAAGACUUUGCAAUCCCAAAUGCGUUUCUAAUUCUAGGUAGCUUUCUUGGAAGAAAGCUCUAUUCAUUCGAGUGGUGUGCGUGUGUGUAGGACAACAGGCAAGUUAAAAUGUGCCUUUACUGCCUGGAAUUCUAUUGGUGUAUUACAUUUGUGAUUUCACUUUUUCUAUGGUUACAUACUAGCGGUGAGAGAAAGCAGACAAAAUUUUCUGGCACCAAGCAACAUACUUUUCCAGUGCCCUUCUGCUUUCAUACCCACUGCUUAGACCAAACUUUUCCAAAUAUUUUCUAUUGGUGACACUUUUUAGACAUACAUUAUUUCACAACAGUUUUGCUAGUAAACUAGAGGUUCCAACAACUCUUUAUAAGAGAUUUGAAUACUUACGUAAAUUGUAAUAAUGAAAUGUAUGAGGACCUGUCUCUUGAAAACCUGUCAUUUAUAUUUUUCAAAAUAUAUUAUUUAUUGUUUAUUUCACAGUUAGAGGUUCAUUCGACACACCUACACAUUGUAACCAACACAGUAACGUGCUGCGAGCUCUGGUGUACACAAAUGUUGUACACCAAAAGAAUUGUGGAGUCUGCAUUUCAUUUUUACUCCAAGGAGCAACUCUCAGACUAGGGGAAUGUAUGACAAGCCCUGGUAUUCAAUCCUUAGUAAAUGAGUCUAAAACUACGAGUCAGCUUACUGCAUCUGAGAUAUUUCAAAGACAAUAGACUCAAGUAUUUUUAUUCACCUGAUUCCUGUUGAAAUAUACUUCCAUCAAACCCUUAUCCAGGCUGUAUUAAUAGCUCAUCUGUCUUGAUUUUGCAGAGAAGUCUGUGUAAGCCUCAGACUGUAGACACUGCACCUAAUAGUAUGAUACACCAUAGAGUUUGAUGUUUCCUGUUUGUUUCAGACAGUUUUUCCCCAAAUAAAAUAAAUCUAACGAACUUGAGAUCUGAAAUUAUGCUCAGAUUUAAUGCCCCUAAGCCAUCACUGUUCUAUCUAGUAAUUCUGUCUCUUCAGUUAAGAGCCACUUCACAUACUACACUGCAGCAAAUGCAUGUUUGCUACUACGUACACACUAUCCAGUCAUACCACGUUUUGUAUACUGACAUUAUCUUAAUAUGUGUGAAAUUUUAAAUCCAACUGUCAAUACUUUUCUUAAAAUAUUUUUGAGAAAUUUGAAAAUUAAUUAAUGCCAGUAAUUAUUUCUGUGUGACAAAGAAAAGAAGUAAUAUGUCAUAUAUGUAUUAAAAAAAUUCCAAAA